AUGGACACUCCUAACCAGAGCACAACUGUCUGGCCCCCAUCUCGCUCUCGCAAAGUCACAAGCACACCCAACUCGACAUUAUCGUCUCCAGCUACGCCUGUCCCACGCCGCCUGCCUGCCGUCCCGCAAACUCCUUCUCCACCUUACGCUCUUCCACCUCAAUCCUCUGUCAAGCGCUACAAAGGAGGCUAUGAAGUGAAGAAUCAAGCGGUCUCGUACACACCCUACUCCCUCAACAGCCGAGGUCAACUUCGUCGAGAAGCCUUUGCUUUUAACAACGAGCCCCGCCUCUCUCCUCUAGACCCACUAUCUACUGCACGCUGGAAUGAACUCGCACAUCAGAGUGCGAUAAUCGAGCCUCAGUGGGAUCUUCGCGCUAUGCAGAUGGAUGUGGCGAACUGCGUGCUUGAACGCAAGGGAGAUGUCGCCGUGAUAUCCGAGACUGGCUCUGGGAAAUCACUGGCUUGGAUCUUGCCCCUUCUGGUCCAGUCUCGAGGUAUCUCCUUGGUGAUAACGCCAUAUACGUCGCUGGGCACUGAGGGAGAUAUGAAAACAAGAAAGAUGGGACUCUCGUCCGUCUUCGUCACCUCGACAAACAACUCCCCUUCCACUCUUGAGGCUACUGCACGAGGCGAUUUCCGUGUCGUCUUCCUCUGUCCCGAAGAACUCGAGUGUCCGACAUUCUCACCAGUUGUCCACUGUAAACACUUCCAAAAUCGACUGUCAGCUGUCUACGUUGACGAAGCGCACCUCGUUCGCGGUUCGAAAUCCUGGCGCGAUGCGUACACCCGUCUCUACAUGUUUCGCCGUAUCAUUGGACUCGACAUUCCACUCGUCUGUAUGUCCGCCACACUUCCCGCCACAUAUCGACAGGAUCUCGAGCUUUAUGCCGGCCUUCAGCCUGGGUACCGCUUCUUCAAUCUUGGAAAUUUUCGUCCCGAAUUGGCUACCGCUGUUGUUCCUAUGCGAUACGAUGCAUCCACUUUCCACGAUCUCGCAUUCCUCCUUCCU